GUCUUCAUCCCACAAGUUCACAAAAUGCCUAGAGACGCUUUCAGAACCCCAUAGUCUCCUUCCCACCUCACAGUCUACCAAACCUCCCAUCUCACCUGAUCCUGCUACCCACGGCUCUCCUCCCCCAUGCACCCCCACAGGCACUCCUCGAAAAGCAAGUCUGGGGCUCCCUCUCGCCCUCAAUCUCUCCACUGCUGCCUGGGAUCGCCUCGAGGAUCAAGAUGUAGAACUCUCAGCAACCUCUCCAGCACCAGGUGCCUGCCUGCAUGCUGACUUGCUUUCUGCCAUGAUGAUAAUGGACUACACCUCUGAAACUGGUCUCUCACCGGCCUGGACUUCACCAUGUAAGCCAGUUUAGUCAGCUCACAAGCUCCCAGAAGACUGCUGUCUCCCAGCUUGUGGAGUUGGAACUACAGGUUGUCAAGGCCUGCACUGCUUCUCCUGAAGCUGGAGUCGUCAUACGUAGCCUUCUCCCUCCAUCUUCCUCCUGCUUACGAGGAAGGAGUGCAUCAAGAGGCCUGCUCGGGAGCAGUGUCCUGGCACCAGACACCUGCUGAUCAGGAACCUAGGGCCGAGGACCAGGGUGUGCGUGCUACUUGCUUCUUCAGAGGACAUGGAGCCAUCAGUCCCUUCCACUGGCACUUAGACACCGUGGCACUGGUGGGCAGCGGACGGAGACGGUGUCAGGUCAACUGUGUCCCCAUCUUGCUGGUGCUGUUUCUACCCAUCUUCCGAGGCUUGCUAUGCACAUCCAUUCCUGGUGCAGGCUCUGAGCUGUGUGCACGCUGUCUCUAUGGAGAAACGGAAGCACACAGAGGAAGACUAGCUGCCCCGAGGCCACACAGCCAGUUAGUGGCAAAUGCAAAACCAAGUUGGUCCAGUCAAAUCCAUGCUCCAGGGGGUAGCAUAUUACUUUGAGUAAUACACACUCCAAAUUUCAAAGGCCUUUUUAACUCAACCUCAGUUCUGCCAAUGCAGCCCAAAGCGGCCAUUAGACAAUAUGUAAAUGAUUGGACAUGCUUCCUUCCAAAAGAACUGUUACAAUAACAGCUGGCUGUAUUUAGCUCCUGCGCUGGGACUGUCAGUCCUUGCCCUCAACCAGUAGCAAUAAUGGUAGCAUGGGCCAUGCUUCCCAGGAUGUCCCAGUGACCUCUCUGUCCUCACCCAAGUAGGUGUUUCCACAGAUGAAUAAGAAGUCUGCACAAACAGCAAUGGGGUAUAGGGAAGGCAGAGGUUCUAGAAACCAGGACAGCUAGGACACCUCUGCUCUCCCCUGAAGAGACAUGGUCUCCUGCCUAGAGGCUUUAGGGUGUGCUGACUCAAGAUGAUCCUCAAACGCUAUUUAGAAGUUCGUCAAGUUGCACGAUGCUCUCUGGCAUGAGCAGCAAUGGAUGCUCCUUCACCUUGGCUGUGGGGUUAAUGGCAGCCAGACAGCCCCUCAGUGCUGACGUGCCAGCUGAGGUGAUUAUAAGGCUGGGGCAGGUGGGACUAUCCACACUGGACACAAGUCGGUCACCCUAGCUUAAGGUAACAAUACAAGUAAGUUAAGUACUUUGAGAAACUUGAAAAAUGCAACUUAUCAAAAAGUAUUUUGCCAAAGGAGUGAAUGUAGAGUAAGAUUUAAACAUCUUGAAGGCUCAGAAGGGAGGGUCAGGAGAGGUUGUUUUGCUUGUUUUUACAUCAUUGCUUCACUUCACAGCAAUAGAAACUCCAAGUGAGACACAAUGUAGUAUACAGUGUACACACACACACACACACACACACACACACACACACGCACACUCAUAUAGCACUGUGAUUGAUGAUACCUGAAGAAAGACCAGUGCUGAGAGUUCCCGAUGCACUUACGGGUCUAAGCAGGAGUGUUUGCGGCUGGCUGGCUCCACUUUCUCAUUUUAAAUCAAUUGUGCAGUUACCAGUUUGACUGAGCUAUCCAGAACACUCCAUGUUUCCAAGAGACCAGCUCUCCCUCCCUCACCGUGAGGUGGUUUAUCUUUUGAAACCUAACAAUAAUCCCAGCACUUUUUCAUGUCUCAAAUUAAGUUGCCAAGGUCCCAAGAGAGAGCCUCCUUGAUCCUGGGCCUUGUGAGCAGACACUGACUGAAGGCUCUUCUGUCGUCUUCUGCCUAUGGGAAUGUCAUGGUUGGCAGAGUACUGUCCUGGCAAAUGUGUCCUUAGCUUUGGGACAUCAAAAUAUGUUACUAGCAAAGGGGAUUUCAGAUAUGAUGAAGGCCGAGGGCCUUGAGAGGAGGGGAUGCCCCUGAAGUCUGGGUGGACCAGUCUAGUGGCAAAAGUCUUCAGAACGGUAGAAGAGAAGGAGGUGACCUGAGGAAAGAAGAUAGCAUAAGAUCACGGUGGGAGAGCAUAUGGACUCACCCUUGAUGGCUCUGAUGACCAGAGUGAGAGGUGCAGGCAGCCCUCAGCAGUUAGGGUGGCCUUCCGCCAACAACCCUCAACUUGUAAGAACCAUAUUCUCACGACACCACCUUUACUGUCUCCAGAAGGAGCCUGGCCCUGCCAGCACCCUGUUCUGAGUCUUCCGAGGCCCACAUCAGGCAGCAGUGGCAGAAAGCUAACAACACCAUUUCAAUGGAGACGGAUUCCUUCCCUUUUCAGAACAUUCUGGUUCGCAGAUGUCAUAGAGAAGGUUCUAGAAGAGUUGCUCAUGGAGCGGGAUCGACGGUGUAGAAACUCUUGUGUGAAGACAAAAGAGUUACUAAGUAAUUGGCACCCGAGAAAGCCCAGUGGACCCAGGGCAGGCAGAGCACCCAGCCUGCAAGCAACGUGGAGGCGGCUGCCGAGCCCUUGGGCACCCUGGUGGGCUGGUAGGUGGGCCUUGGUGGGGAGGCACAGAGACAGGCCCAGGUCGCCCAGUUGCAGAGCACACUUGUCAGCAAAGUCCCUUCUUGAUCAUCUGGAGACAAAUUUCGGAAGGGCAGUUUCGCUCAUUCUUUAAACGGGAUCAUUGAGAAUCAGCCAUGCACCAGGCACUAGCCUGUGGGGAGGAGACAGCACUCCCACUGCUCAUAUCCUAGUCUGAGAGCGAAGUCAUAGCAAGAGAACAAAUUUACACUGGGAUUUCUGUCAGGGUGUAUCACAAAGACAACCCAAACCACCUUCCCUGAUGGGUCGGUAACCAGGGCUAAAACCAUGGUGGUUGGAGGAGUCGUGUUCUAGGCAGAAGGAGCAGCUGGUGCAACGGACAUGUGGUAGGAGUGGUUGGUGUGGUCAUGUGGGAGUGGUGUGGUCAAGGGAAAGUGUGCAGGGAGCCUGUGGAAGAAGAGGUGAAGGAAGAGCCAGGAGUGACUUGGGGUCAGACUGCAGAGUUGCUCAGGAACCAGAUCAGGGGAACUGAGCAAAUCAUGUGUGCGUGUGUGUGUGUGUGGGGGGGGGGGUGUUGGAAACCCAUAAUUAGUUAGAGAUGUUGGUGACCUGGGCAAGGAUGGGGGCAGACAGGCAGGUGAAGGGUGGGUGGGCUUUAGAACAGCAUCCAUGUUCCUGCUGGAGGGAGGGAAGUGAGAGUCUGCUUUUCAGCAGCUGCAGUGGGACCUGGCCUGGGAAAGGCAGACGUUUCCUGAAAUACUGUUUGCUCAACUGGAAAAUGUCAACACGGGCUUUCUCCACAUGCAUAGAAAUUCAUUUAUUAAUGAGGACCCGGGGCAUGCAAUCAGAAUGCAGAACAAGGCUGUCUCCAGAGCAUGAGAGUUGCUGUAUUGAACUCAUUUGCUCAGCACAGUUAGGCCAGGAGUGUUUUCCUCUAUGUGACAGGCAAGGAGACAAGCACAGAGAAGUUGAGCAGUUUGGCUAAGGUCACUGCUGGGGUCUCUGACAUCACAGCUCCCAAGGAGUAAAGCAGUGACCGGGGCCCAGGCUAUCUAAGUACCAAGGCUGACUUUGCAAUUGGCAUCCCUGAUACCACCUCUUCUGGGACAGUGGUCAAGUAUACAACUAACCUCACAGCUGGAUUAAACAGAUGUUUGCCACCUUCGCCCCUAUUAAAGGUUUCAUCUGAGCUAUUAGUUCAUGACAGAGAGCAAUUUUGUUUUCCAGAGGGUAUGUUGCUUGUUACAGAGGGAGCCACGUAACUGAAGUUUUCUCCGGUCCUGCCCAGCCCCAUGGACCCCGCAGCUGCUUAUAAAAUAAUCACUCAGAAGCUUAUAUUAAUUAAAACUGCUUGGCCAUUAGCUCAGGCUAACUACUGACUAGCUCUUAUACUUAAACUCAGCCCAUUUCUGUUAAUCUAUAUGUCACCACGUGUUCCAUGGCUUUACCUGUGUGCCAUUACAUGCUGCUCCCUGGACGGCAGGCUGGUGUCUCCUCCUCAGUUCUGUUUUACCUUCCCAGAAUUCUCCUUGUCUGCCUAUCCCACCUAUACUUCCUGUCUGGCUACUGGUCAGUCAGCAUUUUAUUUAUCAACCAAUGAGAGCAACACAUUCACAGCAUACAGAGCAAUGUCACCCAUCAGAACCAAAUACCUGGUAACACAAGAAUGGAACAAUUUCUGUGUGGCUCUGGUUUGAGGGUACGGACCAUCAUGGUGGGGAAGGCAUGGUCACAAGAGCGUGAGAUGACUCCUCGCAUUCAUAAAACCACAAGGUGACGUGUCACAUUGUGUCUGCAGCCAGGAAGCAGAGAACAGCUGGGAAGUGGGCUGGUGUCACCUCUGAAAGGCUCUGCAACCCUCCAGAGAUAGUGUCACCACCUGGGGGCCAAGAGUUUAAACACACGAGCCCAAGGGGAACAGUUCACACCUAAACCACCCCCCAGGUGUGCCAGGACUCCAAUCCUCAAAGGACUUUCUAGCCCAAGCCAUGGCUGUGAGCCCCUAGUGUUGGAGAAUGUCACCUGGAGAAUGUACUUACACCUGUGAAUGGUGACACACAGCAGUGUGAGGGUGACUGUUCACGGGUCGGUAGUGACAGAGUGUGGGGACACUGGGAAGAGGCUAGGUCCCACUUUCCAGUUGUACCUUCUGUUUUGAGACAUGGAAUAAAAACCAAAAACAGGAUUCUCACUCUUUAAGGGUCAAGGAAGGGACUGUGAACAGCGAGAGCUGGGCUGGGGAAGGGAGACCGCAGGAGGACCAACCAGCCUUCAGGUAGUUACCAGGGUGGAGAACAGAAGAUGGAGAGCAGCAUGUGGGUGGGGGUGGUGUAGAGAGCCCUGUGGAUGGGGAAGGCCCGUGUCCAAGGGCACCAAGGUGAGACUCUAGUGGGACAUGGCAGGAGGGGCGUGGCACUUACAGACAGGCCCGGGCAGGGUGCACUGUGAGUUCUCAAGGGCUGAGUUGCUUCCUCUUGAUGAAGCUCAGCAGGGUAAAGGUUCUAGAGAGCUUAGUGUGGCAAGGGAUGGAGAGCCAGCGGCAUCUCAAGGUGACAUUUGUACAUGUUUUGGGGCUAUUGCUCAGUUGUACUUGAAGGUGGCAGCAUGGACCUGAGCAGGUGAAAGGUUUAGAUGGUUGCUGCAGAGGUGGAGAAGGUGAGAUCAAGAGUCAGUCAUCCGAGUGACCACCCACCAUUACAGACUAGGAGGCAGAGGCACUGUGAGGUCAGUGGCUUGUCUUCUGGGACUGUUUCCUGUGUGGACAGCCAGGGAAAAGGUCAGUGAGGUUGUAGACAGAAAACCUAAGAUGGUUGUAAAAGCGUAAGGCAGAUGGGACAUGUUGUAGGCUAAAAGGCAGCAAUGGAACUAAUUCAACAUGGCGGACAGGUGGUGCUCAAUGCUGUACAUACAGUGAGUUGUGCUCCUCUCCCGCCUCCUCUCCCUCCUCUCCCUCCUCCUUGCCCUCUUCUACCCUCCUUUUCUUUUGCUUGUCCUUCUCUUUUUCCUCUUCUUCAUCCUCUUUCUCUUCCCCCUUUCCUCCUUUUCUCUUCUUCCUCCUCAUCCCUCCCCUCAGCCUCUCUCCUUCAUCCCCUCCCCUCAGUCCCUCCUCCUCAUCCUCUCCCCUAACCCCCUCCUCCUCAUCUCCUCCCCCUCAGCCCCUCCUCCCCUCCCCUCAGCCCCUCCUCCUCAUUCCCUCCUCCUCCUUCCCAAAAUGUCCAUAACAAGUUUGGCUUUCACAAUAGACUCUACUCAGUAGAGGGAGAGGAAAGGACUCGAGCGUCCAUGUCUAUUGAUGGAACCAAAUGGCAGAGCUAGAAUCCAGGACGGCACUGGGUCUUUCUGGGAGGCAGAAGAUUUCCAGAGUGUAGUUUCCUCAGCAAAUGGGAGGUCUGGGUGAGAUGGGCCUCAGGCGCCCAUGUUUGCAGGAGCAUGAGCAGAGAAUCGAGGUAGGGCCCUCUAUCACGGGCAGGCAGGCGAUGCCGUCUUUCUGGACACUCCGAAUGCCCCCUUCUUUAGUGCCACUCUUUCUCCUGGGAAGUGCAGUGUCCCUGUGACCUUGGAUUCAGCUGGCAUCCCCAGCCCGGAGCCACCAGAGUAUGGAGAAGAUGCAGGCACACCUCGUGCUUCUGCUCAUCGGCUCCUUCCUGACUCGGAUUGGUGCUUCCAUCUUGGGGCGCUGUGUAGUGGCCAAGAGGCUCCAUGAUGGAGGCUUGGAUUACUUUGAGGGUUACAGCCUUGAAAACUGGGUGUGCCUGGCUUAUUUCGAGAGCAAGUUCAACCCCUCGGCUGUCUACGAGAACUCACAAUGUGGCUACACUGGCUAUGGCCUCUUUCAGAUCCGAGACAAUGAGUGGUGUGACCACGGAAAGAACCUCUGCAGAGUGUCCUGCACUGCUUUACUGAAUCCAAACUUAAAGGAUACAAUUGAAUGUGUCAAGAAAAUUGUGAAAGGAAAGCAAGGAAUGGGGGCAUGGCCCACCUGGUCCAGGAACUGCCAUCUGUCGGACACCCUAGAAAGGUGGCUGGAUGGUUGUGAUCUGUAGCCACCUGGGUGUUCUUGCUGCGCUUGCCAGCCAUGUCUUGUGACUAAGGAUGCUUUUCUGUUUGCUGCUCCGAUCCAUCCAGUUAUCUCACUGCUUGACAGCUCCAGAUGGAAAAGGACAAAAGUCCACUUCAUCCAGGGGUACAAGGUGCAGAAUAAACCAGCUAAUUACUCAACCCAG